GUGGUGUUCAGGUCCUGACGACCACGCAACGUUCACGAACUUGACAGACUACAGUAGUGCAACCAAACAGUUCCCAUCCUGGACACUUCCUCGUUUCUUCUCAUUUGAUUCUUGUCCUCAUGUCUCCGGAAACUACCUCGAAGCCGUCUCGGCCUGCCAAACCAACCACGCGCGCAUCGCUGCGGCAAUCGUUAAACUUCACUUCAGUAGGCAAGGCCCUAGCGGACGUGAUUAACAAAGAUCCCCGUGAACGCGAGGAGAAAGCCCCCAAGAAGUCAAAGGAGUCCUCUCGUCGCCUCAGUGCUCUCAUGACUACUGGCACAGCGAUGCCGAAAGCCACUGCUGCUAACCAGAACUCAAAGUCUCCUAACCCCACAUGUAUUAAGGGGGGCGAAUCCCCCACGAAUAAGACUCUCACCCGUAGUAAUAGGAGACAGUCUGGUCUGUUUAAAGGCACAUCCCCUUCAGACGAACUUGGCAUCAAGGUCGCGGAUGCUCGUGCGGCGAGUCCUGUCUCCAGACGCUUGUCCACCCUUCGUCCUAGAACAGCGACUGGGAGUGCUACUUCUGCCCUGCCCAAGUAUCGGCCAAAGUCGGUGGUCGUCGCGAAGCCCGCUUCUCCAGCUCAUGCAGGAUCAAGGAGGCGUUUAAGCACCUCUGAAGAAGACGACGCAGAGCGUGGAGAGUCCCCUAAGAGAAAAGGAUCUUUACGACUGUCUGAUGCAAAGACUAGGAGGCCUGUCAGCCCCCUACCUCACAGGGCGUUGUCGGUGAAGGUCAAUUUGCCCAGCCCUACGAGACCUUUAACCCCCCAGAAGAGCAAAUCUACCCUCUCCAAAGACAGGCCGAGUGGGUCUCCUGCUCGUAAUGACUCCGCACGACCAAAGAAAUCCUUGAAGACGGGGUCCCCAUCGCCCUCGCGAUCGACUUUUGUGCGAUCCGCCUCGUCGGCUUCAUCCACCAGCUCCUCACGGAGCCAGAAUUCUCCGUCGACACCAUCAUCACUUAAGAAUCCAUUCGGGUUCAAAUGUUCAAAGGCUUCUACCCAAGCUCCGAGCCCGCUACGAAGCGCUGGUCGUCCUAUUCCUGAAUCACCAUUUGCAAGCCACUCCCGACACGGUUCCAGCAGUCUUGGAUUAGAGAAUACCCCCACAGGCGCUGCCCAGGGCGGGAGUGAUGAUAGUAUGGAAGUCGGCGAGGUCGAUCUCCUACUUGCACCUGUUGCGUCACUGGCGGUGCCGACGCCAGCAAUUCCGAGGAUUCAGUAUCACCAAAGUGAUUCUCAGCCGCACACUCCAUCCCGGCCGCCCAGCCUCCUCCCAACUCGCGCAAAUCUUUCAUAUCUGUCUCCCAUUCCCCCAAGUUACGAGAGCUCGCCUGCCUUGCGCCCAAAGGGUGGUAGUCACGACCACCACCAUGGUUCUGUUUUCUCAUGGGACCAUUUAGCUGAUCAAUCGCAAUUGCUGGCACAAGAUGAAGUAGAGAGUAUGUUGGCCGACGUGACGGCCCCCUUUACUCCCGGAGGGGUUUCACCCAAUGUAAGCGCUAUGGGCUUAGAAAUGCCCGAUAGCCCUAGUCUAUCUGCUCUACCCUCUCCUGCCGGCUAUGGUUCCAUAUCGCAGGUCCUACUUCCUGAUGUUACUCCUUCACCCUCUGUUCAUCAUCUGACGCAAGUGUUCGAAACUUCGACCGAACUUCACGUACCUACGGAUUCUGGAACUGUCGCCCUUCUUCGUCUUCAAGUUGCGCAAGCUGAGAAGACUGCCAGAGAACGUCUCUCACUAGUGCAUGAACUAGAGGAGCAGCUCCACAGUCUGAAGCAGUCUCGUUUGAAAGAGACGGAGGAACUAGCGAAGCAAAUAUCGUUCCUCGAAGAGCAGCUCCACUCGAGCGUCCAAACCAGAGAGCGGAUGGAUGAAGAGCGUGUGGCGUUUACUGCAUCAUUGCAGGAUGAGUUGAGGCAUGCGGAGGUUCGGCGCGAGCAAGCCGCUCAGGAGGCAUUCGUCAAAGGACAGGAGGAAACUCGCGCCUCGUUGGAUACUUUGCUCGAUGCGUUGCAUAAGAACUGGGAGCUUUCUUCGGCAGCGAGGGAAGCCAGUUCUCUUUGGUCAUUUGUAAGGGGCCAGGCUGAAGAGGAGAAGAGUAAUCUUCAAGCGAGUCGCGAUAUGCUACGCGUUUUCUUGGCUAUGCUGGACAGUAGCGAAGACCAGAUUCAGGAACUCCUUGCCUGAUUCACGACAUUUAUGAUAUUCAUACCAACGUUUGAAUUAUUGUACUCCAUACCCUCAGUGAUUACUAUGUUCACUUUCACUCCGUUCGUUUGUUCUGUCCACUGUAAUGGUUCUACGCAGACAAUAACGCACACCUCGCUACGACCGCUGAUGUUCACUACUUAUGACGAUACAAAUGCAUUGCAUUAUGGAUGGA